AUGGUCAGAAGAAAUGGAGGAAUACUGAAAAGGGGCAACUCCAGCAAACCAAAGAACUAUGAUCUCUGCCAUAAGUGUGGAAAGCCUGGGCACUUCAUUAAAGAUUGUCCUCUCCUGAAGCAAGAGCACUCCAAGUACAACCCUAAGAAAGCAGCCAAGAGGAACUCGGUUCCUGACAAGGACUUCAAGAGGAAGGGAUCUGCUGACAAUGUGGUGAAACAGGCUCUUGCAGCAUGGGGAGACUCCUCUAGUGAGUUUGAAGAUGAAACUGAUGUAGGUGACAGCUCCAUGAUGGCAGUUGAAACUAGUGUAUUUAUUGAUUCAUAUCAUAGUCAUGUGGAGGAUAAGGAUGCCUUGACCUUAGAGCUAGGAGAAGCUGAACAAACUAGAGAUGAUUUGGUAAUGUGUGUAGUUGAUCUGAAGGAAACCAUUUGUGAGCUGAAGAAAGAAAAUUUUGUUUUAACCGAAAAAAUUGCUAACAUAGAACAUGAAAGAGAUGACUUAGUGGUUGUAGUUGUUGACCAUAAGGAAACCAUUGAAAACUUCAAAAAAGAAAGAGAAGCCUUAAUGAAGAGAGUGACUGAGAUUGAGGAAGAAAGAGAUGAUCUCUUGGUAGUGAUUGCAAACCUAAGGAAAACAAUAGAGGGACUAGGGACUGAGUCAAAACCUGGAAAUUCUAAAAAGGAAAAGAGAUACAAGAACAUCUAUGUUGUUGAUUUCGAGUCCAUACAAAGUGGUGAUCUGAGUUGUCUGAAAGCUGUUGAUGAUGCUGAACUCUGGCACAGAAAAUUGGGGCACGCAAGCUUCUCUCUUCUGAACAAACUAAUUCAGAAGGACCUGGUCCAUGGUCUGCCCAUGUCAAAGUUCAAAGUACAGAAAGUGUGUGAUGCUUGUGCUAGAGGAAAGCAUGUGAAGUCCUCUUUUAAGUCUAAAAAGGAUGAUCAUGUCUUAUCUCCUGGCGUACAAGGAAGCAAAACUCAGUGGCUCUUUCAACAGCUCAAGCAGAAUAUGUAG